CCCUGCCCCAACAUUGCACGACACGUUAAGCUCAACUAGAAUCAAAACCAUCUUCCAAAAUGAUAUUUCGACCGACCAAAGAUAGUCGGAAAGCCUACAGAAACUAUAAAUAGUUCAUGUGACAAUCACAUUAUUAAAAAUAGAUUUGGAGCAAUGAUUUACUGAGGAACAAUUUAUUUGGGAGCAUGCUUUUACAAGUUUGGCUGCCCCACCUGCCCCCCUGUCUGCAGUGAACGUUCCCGCCUCUGUGAUGGAGGCUAUGAGUCGUCAGGACUCCCUCCAGACCUUCAACAAGAACGGCAAAGCCUCGUCGCCGGCGGCCGUCGUGCGCUCCACGGUCUUCGCCCACAGCCCGUGCUCCCGCUCCUUCUCCCUGAUGGACAAGGUGGGCGGGCCGCAGGCCGACUCGGCCUUCGGCCCGCUGGGCUCCAAGAACCAGAGGGUCCUGGCCAGCCCCACCUCCACCAGCCAGCUCAGCAGCGAGUUCAGCGACUGGCACCUCUGGAAGUGCGGCCAGUGCUUCAAGACCUUCACCCAGAGGAUCCUGCUGCAGAUGCACGUCUGCACCCAGAACCCAGACCGGCCGUACCAGUGUGGCCACUGUUCCCAGUCCUUCUCCCAGCCGUCGGAGCUGAGGAACCAUGUGGUCACGCACUCCAGCGACCGGCCCUUCAAGUGUGGCUACUGCGGCCGGGCGUUCGCCGGGGCCACCACCCUGAACAACCACAUCCGGACCCACACCGGGGAGAAGCCUUUCAAGUGUGAGCGCUGUGACCGGAGCUUCACCCAGGCCACCCAGCUAAGCCGUCACCAGCGAAUGCCCAACGAGUGCAAACCCAGCGGAGACAUCAGCGAGUCCAUCCAGGUGGACUAGCUCCCCGCUACGCUAGCGCUAUGCUACACCCAGCAAUUAGCGCAAUGCUACACCCACCAACUAGCGCUAUGCUACACCCACCAACUAGCGCUAUGCUACACCCACCAACUAGCGCUAUGCUACACCCACCAACUAGCGCUAUGCUACACCCUCUUAUUAAUGCUGGUAGUACUGAGUGGUGGCCAAGUCAUGGAAACUGUCACUCGUGAACAAACCAAAGAUUCCUGCUCCCGCCCCCAGACCGUCCAAUCAGCAUCUUGGAAAAGGAGAUCCAACCAAUGAAACUUCAGAUGGGUUACGUAUGAACUAUUUAUCUGAAUCUUUAUGAAGCUGUGUGCUUUUGUCCAAAGAAGAACAUUAUUUCCAAGGAUUCCUGCUGCCCCCACCACCAAGCCAAAGAGGGGGU